AUGAAACAAGGUUAUGAACUACCUCCAUUAAUUUUAGAAGGUGUUAAUCUUUCUCAUGUAGCAUUAAAUAAUUUUUUAGUGAAGAAAAUUCCGGAAUUAAAAUGCAACAACAUUAUUUAUAAUGAUAAAAGAAAAAUCUUCAAUAUUUAUCCUUCUACUAUUGCUUCAUAUAAUGCAUUACUUACUGGAUUACCUAUGAAUGAAUUAUCUGACUCUGCAAAGAUCUUUAUUUCUCGUUCUAUACAAAGAAUUCAAAAAAUUGAUAAAGAAGCAUUCGUUAAAAGUGUGGAUAAAGAAUUAUCAAUUGAAGAAAUUAAAAAUGCUUUAACUUAUAAUGGUUAUCAAAUGAAUCAAGUAGAGAGAUUAAUGAAUAAAGAAAAACUGAAUCGAGAUGCAUUUAUUAAAUUAGGUUUACAAAUUGGCCAUAUGCAUUUUCCAGCAGAAAAAGCAAAACAACAACUCAAUGCACAACCAUGUCAUUCAUGUUAUCAAUUUCGACAUAUAGCUAAAUAUUGUAAAAAAACACAACAAAUAUGUUCUUAUUGUGCUGGUCCUCAUCGAUAUAAUGUUUGUGAUCAAAAACAACUCACACCUAAAUGUUCCAAUUGUCAAGGUUCACACGAAGCAACCUCGCAUGUUUGUCCGAAGUACAUAAAUGAACAAAAACGUAUACAAGCAGCAAUUGAUAGAUAUUCGUCUUCUUCUUCUAACAUACAUCAUUCUACAACAGUACCUACAAGUCACGAUCUUAAAAAUUAUCCGAUACUUUCAUCAACAACUUCACCUAUCACUUCUGAAACACUCAAUAGUAUUACUGAAGCAUGUACGAUUGCAACAACAAAAGCUAUCGAAAAAAUUACUAAUCAACUAAUUACAAUAUUCACUAAUAAAAUGAAUAAAUUAGUCCAACAAUUCUCAUCUAAAUAUCAUUUACCACUUGAUACAACUAUGGAUUUCAUGUCUUGUGAAAUUAGUCCUGAUUCUGAUAGUGAAGAAACGAAAAAUGUUCAUGAUCACUCAUUAGAGAUCUCAAAUAAUCAAAAUCAAUUUUCAGCUGUUGAUGAUGAAAUGGGUGAUAUACGUGAAUCAAAUCAUGCAAAUAUAACGCAUCAACAACAACAACAAUCUAACACAAUGAACAGCAACGGAAUUAAACGCACUUCCAACAUUGAUUCACCUACUACUCACAAACCGAAACGAACAAAUAAUGCUAAUCAAAGUACCACAAGAAAACCAAUAAAUCCAAAACCAAAUCUUUAA